GUAGUCGACCAGCGCAGGCGCAGGCUCCUCGCACGACGCGCGCGCCGCACGCGACCGCUUUGUUUACUCUCACUACAAAUGCCGGCAUGUUGUACACCUCGCCGCGAUACACGUACCUGCUCACUCGCAGGAGAAUGUAAAAAGUGAACCAAAAACAACAAAAACCAGUGCAAAAUGUUUAUCAUAGUGAUUAUUAUUUCCUUAACGUUUUUGUUAGGUAUUUACCACUUCUCGACGAGAGGAAGAAAAUAUUGGUUACGCAGGAAUGUGCCCUACAGAGAACCAUGUCCAAUAUUUGGAAAUUUUGGAGCUACAAUUUUGUUACGGCAAAGCUAUACAAAAACACUACAAUAUUUUUACGAUAAAUAUCGGCAUGAGAAGUAUUUCGGUAUUUUCCAAGCUCGACGACCUACGUUGAUGCUGAUAGACUUGGGUUUAGUGAAAAGCGUGAUGGUGACAGAGUUCUCAAGUUUCUGUGACCGCGUGUCAGUGAGCACGGACACGCAGCGGGAGCCGCUGCUGCGGAACCUGGGCAACAUGAGUGGCGGCGAGUGGAAGGCGAUGCGGCAGAUUGUCUCGCCCACCUUCUCAUCUGCUAAGAUGAAGGCAAUGCACCCUCUUAUCGCUGAUUGUGCGCAAACACUACAAAACGUUCUACGGCUUCAAUAUCAAGAUGAAAUAGAUGUACCUAAUCUGAUGAGUCGCUUUACUACAGAUGUUAUUGGAAGUUGCUCCUUCGGUGUCGAUCCGGGUUCUUUAAAAACUCCAGAUUCGCCAUUUUUGAAAAUGUCUCGUAAAAUGUUUAAGGCGACUUCAUCUCUUGUCUUGAAACGUUACUGUCGAACGUAUUUUCCAAGACUGUUUAAAUUUUUGAAUCUCAGAACGUACCCUCCCGAUGUGGAAAUGUUUUUCACGGAUAUAAUCAAACAAGUCCUCACAGAGAGACGUACUACCGGCGUAGAGAGACCCGAUUUCCUUCAACUUAUGUUAAACGUACAGAAGACUGAGACAGGAUUCCCGAUGACUGACGAAUUGAUAACGUCUAAUUCGUUCAUAUCCAUGCUGGCGGGACUGGAAACAUCAGCUACAACUACGUCAUUUUGUUUAUAUGAACUAGCUAAAGACCAACAUUUGCAAGAUCGGCUAAGGACGGAGAUAAAAGCGUGUAUGGCACUUCACGGUGGGCUCAAUUACGAUGCGACGUCCUCGAUGAAACUUGUCAACCAAACUAUUCAUGAAACUCUAAGAAUGCAUCCUCCUACGCCGAUGACGACUCGGCUGUGCACGGCACCCUGUACUCUACCUGGCACCGAUUUGGAAAUAAAGAAGAGAGAUGCCUUGCUCAUACCCAUACACUGUAUCCAGAAGGAUCCCCAGUAUUUUCCAAAUCCUGACAAAUUCCACCCCGAAAGAUUCAGCGAGGAUCUCAACCCACCUGCAUUCUUGGCAUUCGGCGAUGGACCACGUAUUUGUCCAGGGGCUCGUAUGGGACAGUUGAUGGUAGCGACUGGUCUGUCAGCCAUACUCAGCGCAUUCACAGUGGAGCCCUGCGCACGGACCACUUCGAGAAUCGAGUACGACCCUCGCAGCGUUUUGCUUAAAAAUAAAGGCAACAUAUGGCUCAAAUUCACGCCAUUAGAUCCAGUUCCAUAAAAACAUACGUCAUAGGUUUUGCACUCUUUGGGAGUCCUUUCCACCGAAUGUAGAUAUACGAGUAAUUGCCGACAGUUCGUAGAAGUACUGAAGAAAUAUUUAUUAUAUUGUUUUAGUAGCCUGUUAAGUGUCCCACCGCUGGACAAAGAAUAACUCAUAUCCUUUUAUUAAGAAAUGUUUAAAGGAAGUAAUUGUAGAAGGUAUUUUGUGUAUUGAAUAAUUGAUUACGGCGUGUCUAUUGUUUUAGAAAAUGUGCCGGCGGGUUUAGGUUAGUGAAUAUUCAUCGCGUGUGAUAUAAGUGAUGUAAUCCAAUCCAAUGUCUAUCACUUGUCAUGUUUGUAGCACUCCAUAAUUUCAAUUAUAAAACAUACACAAACUCACGAUCGCCAUCCCUAAUGGUGGGCAUUGUGGGCAGAGAUAAUUUACAGUAACUUUUGAUACGAAGUCCUAAAUUGUAUAUGAUACCCGUAUAAUGGUCCACCAUGUUGGAAUGGAUACACUGCCUCUGACAAGUAGCUAGAAGAACGUUCUUUCAAUUUGUACCAUAUACCCUUCAAAAUAAAUUUCACUUCAUUUAUUUUCUCUCAGUCCAACAUAGAAUGAAAUAAUUUAUCACUUCGUACUUAAUAUUUAUUGAUCAAUACAGUGGCGGACCGAGUUAUCAAUAAAAAUUUAAUUCAUAUUGUGUAAGCUCGUUGAAUGAAUGCGAUAUUCAAGCGCGUCCUAUUAGAGAUAAUGAAUGUUUAAGAUUUCAUAUUCAUGUUUGUGUACGUUUUGCUCGUCACUAGAUGAAUGUAUCGAAAUGAUUUGAUAUCAAAGUUAAUACUUGCAAGUACACGAUAGCCAUUUUCCUCAAGGCAAGCUGGAAAGUACGAUAAGCAGAACAAGUUAUUUCUCAAAUAGAGUAUAAUAAAUACAAGCGUAUGUAAUUAGAGUAAUUACAUAUCAGUGUAUUUAACACUGAAUAUAUGUAAGUAUUAAGACAAAAUGUUAGUGUGAAAUUUGCAAUUGACUUUCGUGUGACUUUGACCUUCAAUUAGUUACAUUGAUUUAUCAUACCUAAUAGAUUCUUACUGGAUACGUCCUUGCUCUGUAUUUAUUGUGAUAAAGAACUUUUGGGAUGAUUCCUAUAAUUAAAACAUAUAAUAACGGGUUCUUACCGCGUUAAAGGGAUAUGAUAAUAACCGCGUAAACUUAAAACUAUGUAUGAUUCAUAUAAAUUAAUGUUUAAGAAUAACAUUGUAAUUUAUAUCUAAGCUGUUUGUGAAUUAGGUAUUAUCUCAAAUAAAGAUUUUAUAGAAUAGA